UCCGCGUCGCUUUUCUUGGCCGGAUUCCGAUAAGCGAUGCGAGGCGCCGAGGAGGGAGGCCCGCCUGGAAGCGGCCAGCGUUCGUCGGAGCUGCCCGCUGUUUUUUUGCGCGCAGGGCGUCGCGACUUCAAAGCACGCCGCGACUGGUGGCGCUGAAUACGUAUAUGACACGGGCAGACGGCGGAGGUGCCGUGCUGCUGCCGGGGCGCGGGGGCGCCAUGCGGCGGUGGCGGCCGCACUCGUGGUGGGCGCUCCUGCUGACCGCCUGCUGCUGCCUGCACCUGGUGAACCCGCAGAUACACCUCUACGUGCCCGCACACCCUCCGGAGGAGUCCGGCUACUCGAGCCGCCAGGGCCAGUGCUCUUACGGCGGCGACGACCGGUGCACGUUCGUGCUUCUCUGCCUGCUGUCCGGCGGCACGGCAGCCGGUCGCUGCGGCAACAGCCUACUCUACACGUGCUGCGUGCGGCCACCCCGCACGCGGUCCUCGCUGCCAGCCGACCACACGUCGGUGCAGGCGCUCCAAGCGCGAAGCCCGGCCGCCGCGCGAACCGCCACGCAACGCAAGUACUACCACGUGGACGACGAAGAGGUCUGCGGGAGGUCAACGAACAAGCCACAGAGGAGAAUCAUAGGUGGUGAGGAUGCCCAGUACGGGGAGUUCCCAUGGCAGGCCCAUAUCAAGAUCUCCCGUCAGCAGUGCGGUGGAGCCCUCGUCAACCAUUACUACGUUGUUACCGCGGCGCACUGCGUCCAUCACACGCCCCUGCGGCGAAUCUCGGUGAUCCUGGGCGCGUACGACAUCCAGGACCAGCGGUACCAGUCGUCCCAGGCGCAGGCGUACAGCGUGCUCGAGAAGAAGAUCCACCCGAACUUCGCCUUCUCGGCGUCGCAGCCGGACCGCUUCGACGUGGCGCUGCUCAGGCUGGACCGGCACGUGCGAUACCAGGAGAACAUCCUGCCCAUCUGCCUGCCGCCCAGGGGGUGGACGUUCGAAGGGUGGCGAGCCAGCGUCACCGGUUGGGGAAAGACAGACUCCACGCUCAGUAACCGCUACGGCACGCGGGUCCUGCAGAAAGUGGAGGUUCCCAUCAUAACGCGCAGCGAAUGCGAGCACUGGCACCACAUCCGCGGCAUCCGCAUCAGGAUCCACCAGGAGAUGAUGUGCGCCGGCUACAAGGAAGGGCGUAGGGACGCCUGCGUGGGUGACUCCGGCGGACCGAUGAUGCUGAACUUGAAUGGUCGGUGGACGCUCGUCGGAAUCACGUCAGCAGGAUUUGGGUGCGCGCAGUCAUUCCAGCCCGGAAUCUACCACCAAGUGUCCAUGUCCGUCGACUGGGUCAUCGCGAACAUGCAGUGACCGGCAGCAUGACAAACGAACGAGCCGACAGUGUCCCACCCAAUGUGCAGGCAAAGUGUCUGUCCACUGGGAAGGGAGGACGGGCGCAAAAGGAGAAGAGAAACAUUGCAAAAGGAAAUGAGCAACAAUAAGGAAAAGCAAGCAGCAAAGCUAAACACAUGUACUGUGCAUUCCUACACGGCGCUUCCGUGUUACAGGAAUUGUUACGGAAUGGCAGACUCACGAGUGUCCGCAAGUGCGGUUGCUUACACGCUCGAUCGUGCCUCGAGUACAAUGGACAACAACGGUGAUGACGAACAUCGAGUGAACAGUGUUUGUUGCAGUCCGUGGACAAAGUGCUCGGUGACGAAAGAGUGUGUUGCCCGAGGGAGAAGGAACGCCGGCGAGUGAUAGUAAAUAAACGUUAUCGAUCAAGGGACAAUGUGCCAAUCGUGCUCUUCCCAGAUGAUUGGACCACGACGCAGCUUGCCUCGAAUUUGUUCUCUUUUUUUUUUUCGUAUAGCGCGCUCCCUCAACGGUGGAGUGUCCGUGAACUGACGUGUUGUUACAGCGACUCAUUAAAUGUUAGGAAUU